AUGAGCAAUUUUGAGGAGGGUCCACCAAUCGCAAGCCAUACAAAAACGAAAUCCACCGUUGAUAGAUCUGCUGGACUAAGCAACGAUCGCGGGACGAAACGAACCACGAUGACGGGUAACCAAGAGAGAAUGAAAGCAACGAGCACGAAAAAGGAAAGAGCAAAAUUGUGA